CUACGAGACUCACCUUUGGCUUUCGUCUCGGUAGGUGUAUUAUUCUACAUUUUCCCAAAAGAACUUUCAUUCAUUUCUUUAUUCCCCGUCUACCACGACGACAAAAACGACGUGAAAAAGCCAGACCCGGAAAGGAGAAGGGCCGGUUUUUUGGGGGGGCAUUUGGGAAAGUCGGGCCGAUCGGGUGUCUUCAUUCAAGCGACGGUACAGAAGAAGAACGAAACGAAGUGAGAGGCCGGGGGGCAGGGAAAAGAGUCGAGUCGAUCAGGCUCGACGAUCGGGAGAAGCAAAACGAAAUCAGGAUUUGGCCGAAAAAGAAGCAAGGCUAUGGAUACCAUGACAAAUCACCAUCGAUAAAGAAGACUCUUUCUAAAUCACUUCGGGUCAGCGGGGCCUUCAAGCAUCCGAAAUACGCCGGGAUUGUAAAUGACAUAGCGUUCCUUAUAAAAAAUGACGAAAAAACUAAGUUAUUCAAGUUAUUUUUCCCAAAUAAGUCCCGCUCCGACCGCCCGACGAGUCAUCUACUUAAAAGGACCCUCCCUGCAGUGCGCCCUUCCUUUAAUUAUUCGGUCAUGCAAUACUUAUUGAAUACAAAGAAAAAAAUGAAUUUCGACCCCGUCGUAGUUAUAAAUCAUUUCGUGGCACCGGGCGUGGCUGAACCAUCUACGAUGGGGGGACAGGAAAGAAGCUUAGAUAAGAGAAUACGUUCUCGCAUCGCUUUUUUUGUAGAAAGCUCGACCAGCGAGAAAAAGUGUUUGGCCGAAGCCAAAAAGAGGUUGAUCCACUUUAUUCGCCAAGCGAAUGAUCUUCGCUUCGCGGGAACAACAAAAACCACCAUCUCGCUCUUUCCUUUCUUCGGUGCUACCUUUUUUUUUCCAAGGGAUGGGGUUGGGGUGCAGAAUCACCUUUUUUCCGAGGAUGCCCGGGAACAACUACAACUCCUAGGUCAAUUAAGGAGAAAAUAUUGUAACCCCAUGAGUCUCAUGAGUAAGGAUAAGGUAAUGGAAUUGAUAGAUCAUUUCAUAGACCUAGGUAGGAUAGGAGAAUUGAUAAAGGGAAUAGAGAUGAUGAUAGAGAUCAUACUGAGAAACAGAAGAAUUCCGUACGGGUACAACUCUUAUUUGAACGAAGUGAAAAAAAUAAGAUCUUUGUUGUCUAAUAGAACAAACACUAAUACCUUAAUUGAAUCAGUAAAGAUCCAAUCUGUUUAUCAAAGUGCUUCUCCGAUUGCUCAAGACAUCUCUUUUCAACCGAGGAACAAAACAAGAUCAUUUCGUUCCAUUUUUAGUCAAAUAGUGAAGGAUAUUCCAUUAGUAAUGAAAAAGGGGGUGGAGGGGAUCCGUAUAUGUUGUUCAGGUCGAUUAAAAGGUCUAGAAAUAGCUAGAACUGAAUGCGGAAAGUAUGGAAAAACAUCUCGUAAUGUAUUUCACCAGAAAAUAGAUUAUGCUCCUGCGGAAGUAUCUACUCGUUACGGAAUCUCAGGUGUCAAAGUGUGGAUUUCAUAUAGUAAAAAAAAAGGGGGACGUGCUAUAUCCGAAACGUACGAAAUAUAGUAAAUAUCGUAAAGGCAGAUGUAGUAGGGGUUGCAAACCGGACGGUACACAACUUGGUUUUGGAAGAUAUGGCACUAAAAGUUGUAGAGCUGGUCGUCUUUCAUAUCGAGCCAUUGAAGCAGCGCGUCGUGCUAUAAUCGGACACUUCCAUCAUGCUAUGAGCGGACAAUUCCGAAGAAAUGGUAAGAUAUGGGUAAGAGUUUUCGCAGAUAUCCCUAUUACCGGGAAACCUACAGAAGUAAGAAUGGGAAGAGGAAAAGGAAAUCCUACGGGUUGGAUUGCUCGUGUGUCCACGGGACAAAUCCUAUUUGAAAUGGAGGGUGUGAGUUUGUCAAACGCUCGACAAGCCGCUAGAUUAGCGGCGCAUAAACUAUGUUCGUCAACCAAGUUUGUUCAGUGGUCGUAAGCUAAUUAGUUAGUGGGGAAAUGAAAAAGAAUUAGGCGAAGUGUUUGUUCCUGAACGAGGGAAGUAGAAAGACACUAAGGGAGAGGGAUAUACUCCUUUUUAGAAUCGCC